AUGUUUCUUGAUAAAAUUGAACCAAAUGAAAAUACGAUAAAAUUAUUAUUAACUACUGAUAAUCAUGUUGGUUAUGCUGAAAAUGAUCCAAUUAGAGGUAAUGAUUCAUGGAUUACAUUUGACGAAAUAUUAAAAAUUGGUAAUAAUUACGAUGUUGAUAUGAUUAUUCAAGGUGGUGAUUUAUUUCAUAUUAAUAAACCAAGUAAAAAAUCAUUAUUUCAUGUAAUUAAAUCUUUGAGACAACAAUGUAUGGGUGAUAAACCUUGCGAAAUUGAAUUAUUAAGUGAUCCCACCGCGGUUUUUUCAAAUGGUUUGGAUAGUGUAAAUUAUGAAGAUCCCAAUUUAAAUAUUUCAAUUCCAAUGUUUGCAAUUUCUGGUAAUCACGAUGAUGCAACUGGUGAGGGUUUAUUAAGUGCUUUAGAUGUAUUGGCUGUUUCUGGUUUAGUUAAUAAUUUUGGUAAGGUUAAAGAUAAUGAAGAAAUUACCGUGUCACCAGUUUUAUUAAAAAAGGGAAAUACUCAAUUAGCAUUAUAUGGUAUGGCAAAUGUUCGAGAUGAAAGAUUACAUAGAAUGUUUAGAGAUGGAAAAGUUAAAUUUCAGAGGCCUUCAACUGAUGAUUGGUUUAAUUUAUUUGUGAUUCAUCAAAAUCAUGCUCAACAUGCCUAUAGAUCAUGUAUACCUGAAACUUUUUUACCUCAUUUUCUUGAUUUUGUAUUAUGGGGACAUGAACAUGAAUGUAUACCACUGCCAAUUCACAAUAAAGAAACCACUUUUGAAGUAUUACAAGCUGGAAGUUCAGUUGCAACUGCAUUAUCAGAAGGUGAAGUUGCUGAUAAAAAAGUAUUUAUAAUGUAUAUAGAAGGACAAGAUUAUUCAAUUGAACCUGUUCAAUUAACUACAGUAAGGCCAUUUGUGUUGAAAGAAAUUGAAUUAUCACAAACUAAAUUAGUUGCAGGUUCAUCUUCAAAAGCAGAUGUUAUAGCAUUAUUAAUUGAAGAGGUUGAAAAAUCAAUUCUCCAAGCUAAUGAGAAAUACCUCAAGAAUCAUCCAAAUGAAUCUGAAAUUCCAUUACCCUUAAUACGUCUUAAAGUUGAAUAUACGGGAUUUGAAAUUGAAAAUGCUCAAAGAUUUUCAAAUAGAUUUAUUGGCAAAACUGCAAAUGUAAAUGAUGUAGUAUUAUUUUAUAAAAAGAAAACACCAAAAGAACAAGUUAAAAAGACAAAAUUUGAUGCCGAUUUGAUUGAAGAAAGUAUAUCUAAUACAAAAACUACUGAAUUACAAUUACAAGAUAUUAUAAGUGAUUUCCUUCAUCAGACUACGUUGUCAUUAGUUCCUGAAAUCGGAUUAAAUGAAGCAGUAAAAAAAUUUGUUGAUAAUGAUGAUAAAAAUACUAUACAAACAUUUAUAAAUAAUGAAACAAAAACAAGUGUAAAUAAAUUAAAAAAGAUUGAAAUUGAUGAUAAUGAAUUUUAUGGAAAUGAUGAUGAGAAAACACAAAAAACUGCAUUUAAACAAUUAUUAGCUGAGUUAAAAGGUGAUCCAAGUUUGAUGGAAAUUAAUAUAGAAGAACCAAUAAAAGAAAAACCAGCUCCAAAGAGGAAAUCUAAAAAAUCUAAAGAAAUUUUGUCUGAUGAUUCAGAUGUUGAAAUUUUAGAAGUUAAUGAUAAUGAUGUUGAUAUACUCACUGAUGAAGAUGAGUAUAAAUCAAAGAAAAAAGCUACUAGAGGUAGAGGAAGGGGAAGAGGUAGAGGUAGAGGUAAAAAAUAA